AUCACACGAAGCCACUGAUGAGUGGGCACUGACACCGAUGAAAGAAGAAGCACUUUCCCUUCGCAGCUUUCCUUGGAUCUGAACAAUUCCUCAAGUCGGUUCCCGAAUAUUAUUGCGGCGUUCAAACUCACACACACUGUUCUGUUAUAUACUCUGUCACACACAUCACUCUGCUCCAAACUCUCUUGUUUCUUUCACCAAAAUCCACUCAAUUUCUGCACAGAUUCGCAAAUUCCACUCAUACCCAUUUCCUCCAAAACAUGGUCAUGAUGGGUCGCUCAUGUUUUCUCGUGUUUCUUCUUGUUUCAUCUCUGCUCUUUCUCUCUUUUGGCCAUGGUUUCGGGAGGGUGGCACUGAUGGAGAAGAAGAGUCUUGAGCAUAGACAUUCUAGUACUGAAAUUGAGGAACAUGAAAGUGAUAUGAGGAUAAUGUUGGAAAUCAUGGAUUAUCCAGAUCCAGAGCCAAAUCCCAAAAAUGGGCAUAAUUUCAGCCCUCCAUCACCAACUCCUGCUUCUCCUCCACAUGCUCAUGAGCAAGAAGAGCAAGAUUAGGCUUCUAAUUACUUUUUAGAAUCUUUCUGAUCAAUCGGUUUUGUAUAUUGUGGGGUUUGUAAGCCUUAAUUCGAAAUUCAUAGAGUUAGGAUUAUGUUAAUUGUAUUUUAUUGCUGCUAGUUUGUUUCCUGUGGUUUAUCUUGUGCUUUCAGAAUGCAAUGUUUAAAUUAACAUUGAGAAAUAAAGUGUCUGAUCUAUUUGCAA